ACACUUAAAAAUACUUCUCUAUACAUGAAAUACUGAAUUGCAGUCAGUUUGGGAACCUCAGGUUUGUCCCCAGGGGUCAAACCCAUUGCUAUGUAAUAAAUGCUAAUGAAAUCAAAUAGACUGUUAUGUUGGCAGAAAACAGGCACAUGGAAAAUGUAGCUUAUUGCUUUGACUCUUUUGCAUAACAAAAUUGACAGCGCUGCCUGUUCCUAAUAAAUAUUACUCUAAAUAUGCAAGCAGAUGUGUUUACAGUUGCCUUCAAACUGCUCUCAAAAAAAAAAAAAAAAAAAAAAGACCUUAUUGACAAGCAGUUACCAGACUGCUAUCACAUAACUGUCCUAUUUUUACAAUUCAGUUUUCUUUCAUUGAAAGGAACAGUUAUGCAAUUGGUGGGAUGUGCUGGACGUCCUUCAGGAGGAACUGUGCAGCGAUGGAAAACUGCUACUUUUGUUGUUAAUCUACUGCUUUGAAUCCUAGGUUCUGCUGGGAGUCGAUGAACUAAGCCAUGAAGAGGCUGGCUCUGCUCUUUGUCCUACUGCUGCCAGCAUGCUUGGCCAAGCCGUUCCACCAGCAGGGCCUCUUUGACUUCAUGCUGGAGGACGAGGGCUCGGCCGACAUGGCUCCGACGGAUGAUCCCGUCAUCUCCGGGUUCGGACCCGUGUGCCCCUUCCGCUGCCAGUGCCAUCUCCGCGUGGUGCAGUGCUCUGACCUAGGUCUGGAAAAGGUGCCAAGAGACCUUCCCCCAGACACAACCCUGUUGGACUUACAGAACAACAAAAUCACUGAAAUUAAAGAAGGAGAUUUCAAGAACCUGAAGAAUCUUCAUGCAUUGAUCCUUGUCAACAACAAAAUCAGCAAAAUAAGCCCAUUAGCUUUUGCUCCUCUGAAGAAACUGGAAAGACUUUACCUGUCCAAGAACAACCUGAAGGAACUCCCAGAAAACAUGCCAAAGUCUCUCCAGGAGAUACGGGCUCAUGAGAAUGAGAUCUCCAAGUUGAGGAAAGCUGUCUUUAAUGGACUGAAUCAAGUGAUUGUCUUAGAACUAGGCACCAAUCCAAUCAAGAGUUCAGGCAUUGAAAAUGGAGCUUUUCAGGGGAUGAAGAGGCUCUCCUACAUCCGUAUCGCUGACACCAACAUUACAAGCAUCCCAAAGGGCCUUCCUCCAUCCCUUACUGAACUUCACCUUGAUGGCAACAAAAUCAGCAAAAUUGAUGCUGAAAGUCUGUCUGGACUCACCAACUUGGCAAAAUUGGGUCUCAGUUUCAACAGUAUUUCUUCAGUUGAGAAUGGCUCUCUUAACAACGUACCUCAUCUGAGGGAGCUCCACUUGAACAACAAUGAACUUGUCAGAGUACCCAGUGGACUGGGUGAUCACAAAUAUAUACAGGUGGUCUAUCUUCAUAACAACAAAAUUGCUUCCAUUGGUAUCAACGACUUUUGCCCUCUUGGCUACAACACCAAAAAGGCCAGCUAUUCUGGUGUGAGCCUCUUCAGCAACCCCGUGCAGUACUGGGAAAUCCAGCCCUCUGCUUUCCGGUGCAUCCAUGAACGCUCUGCAGUACAGAUUGGAAAUUACAAAUAG